AUGGAAUUACUGCAAGGAAAAGAAUACCUUUCAAUAUUGCAAGGCAAUGGAAUAAAGAAACAUGAACACACUGUCGUACUUUGGAAUAUGAAGAUCGACUUGAAAGGUGGACAUACAACAACACAUUACUUAAAGCCAUUGGAAGUUAAUAAUUCCGAUAAUGAACAAAACUAUAGAACUAUAACAAGAACUUUUCCUUGUAAGAAUGAAGUUAGGCUAAGUGAUUUAAAUAUUUCAAAUUUGAUAAUUCUCGCGCCAGCUGUACCAUAUCUUGUGUCGCUUCGAAAACUGUAUCUUCAGUAUAACAAACUUACAACUAUUCCGGAAUCACUUUUUCACUUAAAAUCUCUUGAAGAGCUACAUUUACAAUGCAAUGAAUUAACUUUGAUUCCUCCUCAUAUUGGAUUUUUAACUUCUCUUCGAGAAUUAUUUAUUCAUAACAACAAAAUUCGGAAAAUACCAUCACAAAUCCGUGAAUGUAAAAAAUGCACAUUUAUAAAUUUGAAUGACAACAAUUUAACGUGUUUACCGGCAGAGUUUGCCACAUUAGAAAACCUCAGAACUCUCCGCGUAAAGGGUAAUCCUUUUGAACAGCCACAACACGAUCAAAGCAAAGUUGGAGGCAUUAUAUCGACUCUAUUUGAUAUGUGUACUCAAGUCGCUGGAAAUACAAUGUUAGAAAUGGAUAUUUUGGAACGUCUCGAUAUACCAGCUGAUUACCCGCCAAGUGAAUAUUAUAAUGAAGAAAUACUUGUUAAUUCAUCAAAGGAUAAAUCAUUAGGCGAUGUUGUUAUGAAGGAAUGA